GUGAUUAAUUGCUGUAAAACUCGUCACGUAAAUGCAACCAUAAUUAGCCUUUGUUUUCCUCCUUCUUUUAAACUUUAAAAAUGCCUGAUCCCGAUAACGAACAACUAGAACCAAUGUUAAGACAUGAUGAUUUUGUUGAGCAGAUUGAGCAUAUGGAGCCACUUGCUGUUGGAGGUCUAAUGAAUACUGGAGUAUAUGCAUAGCUGAUGUUAUUCUUAUUAGAUCAGCGCUUGGAAAGAAAAAUAGGCUGGAUACAAGGUGCUAUGGUCAAUGUGAGCUAUAUUAUUGGGGCAGGUAUAUUCGUAGGUCCUGCUUUAACUCUUCAGCUUGUGGGAUCUGGAGGAAUGAACCUUAUUAUAUGGUUUAUUGGCGCUUUGGUAGCAUUGUCUGGUACAUAUACAUUUAUGGAACUAGGCACAAUGCUUCCUCGUAGCGGAGGCGAAGUAGGCUAUCUAGAAUAUUGUUAUAGAAAGCCCAAAUAUCUAUUGGCCUAUUUAUUUACAUACUGGAGUCUUAUGAAUCGAUCCAGUGGUGUUGCUUCACAAGGGAUUGUAUUUGGAGGCUAUAUUAAUUAUGCUUUGUUUGGCUCAACAUAUAAGUCAAAUUGGGCAGAAAGAGGAUGGGCGUUACUAUGUGCAACUAUCUUGACGAUGGUUAACAUCUAUUCUACAAAAACAACAAUGAAGAUGAUGGGAUUUUUGACAGUUAUCAAACUUUCUAUACUGACAUUAAUUGCUUCUAUUGGUCUGUUUGUCUUGUUAAAGAUUAUACCUUCUGAUGUAGAUGCUGGCUUAAAUCUAUCGUUUUAUGGUACAUCAACUACCAUUGGCCCUUAUGCGUCUGCUUUGUACUAUGUUAUGAAUAGUUAUAGUGGAUGGCAUAAUCUUAAUUACAUUUUAGACGAAGUCAAGGAUCCUAUCAAAAAUUUACCUAAAGCUUCAGCUGCUGCAGUUCUAUGCACUGCUACGCUUUACAUCCUUACUAAUAUGGCAUACUUGGUCGUGUUACCAUUAGACACCAUGAAGAGCUCUGAAUUUAUUGUUGCUGCAGCAUUUUUUUCUCGUUCCUUGGGCGAGAAUUUUGCAUCGACUGUAUUACCUGUAUUUAUUGGUCUUAGUGCUUUUGGUUGUGGUGCUGCACUGAAUUUCUCAGGUGGAAGAAUUAUUAUGGAAGUAGCAAGGCAGGGGCUUUUACCUUAUGGCCACAUCUUUGGCAAAGUCAAUCCAAAGGUCGGUAGUCCAGUCAAUGCCUAUUUAUUACAAUAUGUACUCUCUAUCUUUUUUAUUGUGGGCCCUCCACCAGGCGCCGUGUACCAGUUUAUUGUUGCAUUUGCUGCGUAUCCUGUUUAUGUCUUUUAUUUUUUGAUGGCAAUGGCUGUUCUUAUUUUGAGAAAAAGAGAACCCAAUAACAAGAGACCUAUUGUUGCGCCUUUAGUCUGUGUCUAUGCAUUUUUAGGAUUUACUGCUUAUGCGCUGGUCUUUGUCUUUAUUCCUGUCAAGAACCGUUACUAUCCUUACUGGCUGCCCUAUAUUACAGCUAUUUUCUCUAUGAUUGCAUGUACUGGAUUUUGGUAUUAUCAAAUUGUGAUAAAAAAUACACCUGGUAAAUCUUACAACGAAUCUAUUCGAAACCAAGGCCAUGCUGCUAUUGAGCAAGAAAUCUAUGGGGAAUACGAUGCUCUUCCUACUCGUGAUGAAUCCAUAGACUUGUCAAGAGAAAGAGUAUAACACAUACUUAAAGAAAAAAAAAGCUUGUUUGUCCGUCUGUUCCUUGAUUAGAUCCUAUUAAAGUUAGUUGUUUAGAAAUAGAGACUUCGUUGAAAUGUCCUGAAAAUUUACUUUAUUUAAUAAUGUUAUAAGCAUUACUUUUACAUGCUUACUUCUUGUAUACUAUGUUCAGACAAGUAGUGCCAAAUUGUGAUGAAACGUAGUUCAAUACAGAGAAACAUAUAUUUUAUGUUAGACAUAUACUGAAAACUGUAACUAGAUCGUUAUAAUGACAGCAGUUAUGGUACUAAGGGG